AUGUCUCAAGACGAGAUUCCACCAAGCAAUGAAGGUACUGUUGCUGUCGAGGAUAUCUCAGCCUUGACUAUCCAGGAUCCUGAAUCAUCCGUGGCUAAUGAUCGUCCCGAACUUCCCCAUCGGUCUCACAAUCCCGAAAACAACAUGAAGAGAUCAGAUCCGUUUCAAUUUGGUUCUCGAUAUCUCAGUGAAAAAGACAACGUCUUCGAAUUCAAUGCAUGGGAUCAUGUCGAGACUGAUGAUACUUACAAGGAGUAUGCAGAACUACAAUAUGCGAAGCAGCGCGAAGCUCCUGUAUCGGAAUUUGAUAAAAGCAGAUUCAAUUCCGAUCCCGCCAAAUGGUGGAACAACUUUUACAAAAACAAUACUGCCAAUUUCUUCAAAGAUCGAAAGUGGCUCCAACAAGAAUUCCCCAUUCUUUCUCAAGUGACAGAGCCAACCUAUGGACCUUGUACCAUUCUGGAAGUUGGUGCUGGCGCAGGUAAUACUGCUUAUCCAAUAUUAAAACAUAAUCAAAAUCCUGAAUUAAAAAUCCAUGCUUGCGAUUUCUCCAAGAAAGCAGUGGAAGUGAUACGUGCGAACGAGGCAUAUGACACCAAGAAUAUCCAAGCAGAUGUGUGGGACGCUGCUGGCGAUGACCUUCCCCCUGGAUUGGAAGAGGGUAGUGUUGAUGUUGUGAUCAUGAUCUUUAUCUUCUCUGCACUUUCUCCUAGUCAAUGGAAUCGAGCCGUUCAAAAUGUCUUCAAAAUCCUCAAACCAGGUGGCGAUGUGCUAUUUCGAGAUUACGGCCGUGGUGAUCUUGCUCAAGUGCGUUUCAAAAAAGGUCGUUACCUAGAGGAGAACUUCUAUAUCAGAGGUGACGGAACUCGGGUAUAUUUCUUUGAAAAAGACGAGUUAGUCAACAUCUGGACCGGUAAACUUCCUGAGUCAGAUGCUCAGGCUACAGAUUCAACGACAGAGCAACAGGGUGGCUUCGAUAUCAUUGAUCUAGGUGUUGAUAGAAGGUUACUGGUUAAUAGAGCCAAAGAACUAAAGAUGUAUAGAUGCUGGAUGCAAGGCCGAUUCAAGAAGAAGAGCUUGCCGAGCACCGAUUCAAAAUAA